AUGGAGGCCCCCCGUUAUUAUGUGAAUGGGGUUUCUGCAGAGUUGGCCGUUGCAGAGGCUCAAGGGGGCCCUCCGGGAGGCCCCCAGGGGCCCCCGGCGUCGCUGGGGUCCGGGGAGGUCCCACUGGCCGCUGCAGCAGCAGCAGCAAGAGUAGCAGCACCGGCAGCAGCAGCAGCAGUACCAGCAGACAUAGAAUACAGAAUCGGGAGAGACGAACUCGAGGGCCUCACCAACUGGUCAACCAGCACUGGGGGCUCCUCUCAUGAGGGGCCCCCCAGCGAUGGGACCAGCAACCGCAGCUGGGGGCUCCCCAGUGAGGAGGAGGUCCCCUCGGGGGGCCCCCCGGGGGCCCUUCCGGGGUCCCCCCCGGGGGGCCCCACGGGGGGCCCCCAGGGGGCUCCCACGGGGGCCCCCACGGGGGCCCCCACGGGGGCUCUGGUCUACGCAGCAGCCCCGCGGAGCUCGACCCUAGGGGCCCCCCGAGUUAGCCUUUUGAAGAGUCGCAAGGGGGCCCCCGUAGGGGUUCCCGAAGGCGCAAAGGCGCCGGAAGGGGGCCCCGAGGCUCCUGGAAAACCCACAGAUGAGGGCCCCAACGGGGGCCUCCCCGGGGGCCCCCAGAGCUCCAAGGGGGCCCCCAACCCGCAGGACCCUGCGCAGACCCCGGGGGCCUCCAGGCGCCCCAGCAGACACACUUCGCUGCGGCUGCAUGCAACAACAGCAGCAAACGAAAAGGCGGGCCGUGCUGCUGUUGCUGCGCUGCUGCGGCUGCUGCUGCGGGUCCUCGGACUUGCUGCACUUGUGGGCGUUUUCUCCCUCAUAGUCAAGAACAACGAAGGGCCGGCCAAUGAUCCUGUUCUCCUGCUUUGGAACCAGUUAACCAACGGAGGCUACAUGUUGCGGUUCGAGUACAUGGGCGUUCAUCUAGUCUCCAGCGUUGCUCGUUACCCAUUUCCUCCCAGAAAUAUCACUGUGGAGGAGUUCAAUGCAGUUGUGGAUGAGAUUGCUGAAAGACUGGAUGAAUAUGUGGCGAAGACGCCCUACGAAAGAAGCAAAUCUUCCUUCACCGUAUUUGGGCCCCGGGGAUCUCUAGAUAGGAUAACUGUGUAUGAAGAGGCACAGCGUCUAGACAAGAUAACUGUGUAUGGAGAUGCACAUCAUUAUCAAUGA